AUGCCUCCUCCACGGAUUGCCAUUGUCGGCGGCGGGCCGGCUGGGCUCACUCUCGGCGUGCUUCUCCACCGACAAAACAUCCCCUUCACCAUCUUCGAGCUACGCAAGCAGCCCACCGAGGCCGACCUGGCCCGCCCAUCGGGCAUGCUCGAUCUGCACCCCGGAUCCGGCCUGGAUGCCAUUGAGGCGUGUGGUCUGACGGCCGAGUUUGGUCCGCUAACGGGCGAGUGCAGCCAGCAGUUUCUGAUUGCCAACCGGGCGGGUGAGGUGCUGAUGGCAGCCGACGGCGGCGGCAAGCGGCCCGAGAUUUCCCGCAACAACCUGUCAAAGCUGCUGUCGACGCAUGUGCCGCCAGAAAGCAUUCGCUGGGGACAUCGGCUGGCGGCGGCCAGCAAGACGGCCGCUGGCACGACGGCCCUCGACUUUGGCGACAACGGCUCGCACACCUUCGACCUGGUGGUGGGCGCCGACGGCGCGUGGUCCAGGGUGCGGGCGCUGCUCAGCGACACGCGGCCGCACUUUACCGGCAUGCACUGCGUGACCGUGACCGUGACGCACCUGACAUCCCGCUUCCCGCACCUGGCCGCGCUCGUCGGCUCCGGCUCCUACUGCGUCCUCGGCCGCCGCCACGCCGUCGUCUCCCAGCGCGGGCCCCUCGACUCGGCCCGGCUGUACUUGUGGCUGACGGUCGCCGACGAGGCCUUUGCCGCCACGCGGGGUCUGGCCGGGAAGCCAGCGCGCGCCGCCAAGCAGGUCCUGCUGGGAGACGAGGACCUCCUAGCCACAUUCGGCCCGCGCGUCCGGGACCUCGUGACCACCGCCUGCGACGAAGACGUGGCCACCGACAGGACGGACGGCACGCUGGACAUCCGGCCCUUUUACACGCUGCCGUACGGCUGGUCGUGGCCGUCGCAGCCGGGCGUCACGCUGGUCGGCGAUGCCGCGCACCUGAUGCUGCCCAACGGCGAGGGCGUCAACCAGGCCAUGCUGGAUGCGCUGCUGCUGUCCAAGGCGGUUGCCGAGGCGUAUCGGGCACGUGGCGAGACGGGCGACUUCAUCACAACUCUGAGUCCCCUCCUUCAGUCAUUCGAAAAGGACAUGCUGGCUCGCGCCGUCAAGGAAGGCGAGGAGACGGACCAGCGCAUUGGGCUCAUGUUUGGCUCCGAUGAUGCUGCUUGUGAUUUUGUGGCAGCCAUGAAGGGCAUGGUAGGGGGUGACGCGAAGGAGGGAACGGAGGAAUAG